AUGUCGGAGUUGAACCGCCGGCUGCUUCCUCUAGUGCGCCUGCUGGAGAACAGCAUUAGCAUCAGCAUUAGCAUCAGCAUUAGCUUUAGCAUCAACAUCAGCAUCAGCGUUAGCAUCAGCAUCAACAUCAACAUCAGCUUUAGCAUCAGCAUCAACAUCAGCAUUAGCAUCAGCUUUAGCAUCAGCAUCAACAUCAGCAUUAGCAUCAGCUUUAGCAUCAGCAUUAGCAUCAACAUCAGCAUCAGCGUUAGCAUCAGCAUCAGCAUCAACAUCAACAUCAGCAUUAGCAUCAGCUUUAGCAUCAGCAUCAGCAUCAGCAUCAACAUCAGCAUUAGCAUCAGCUUUAGCAUCAGCAUCAACAUCAGCAUCAGCAUUAGCAUCAACAUCAGCAUCUACAUCAACAUCAACAUCAGCAUUAGCAUCAGCAUUAGCAUCAGCAUCUGCAUCAGCCUUAGCAUCAGCAUCAACAUCAACAUCAACAUCAGCAUUAGCAUCAGCAUUAGCAUCAGCAUUAGCAUCUGCAUCAGCGUUAGCAUCAGCAUCAACAUCAACAUCAUGCGCCCGGCUGGAUGUCUCGCCCCACCAUCAGGGCAAGCGGGCAGAAGCCUCUUCCAUCACUUCCUGUCUCUGUCCACAAGCAGCGGGAAAUACCAGAUAAUGGCCGACUCAGACACCUCUCUGCUCCUGAGUCUGAAACACCCCCAGCCGGCCGUUCGAGUCUCGGCCCUGGAGCACCUGAUGGGCGCCAUCUCCUCCGGACAGCAGCAGAGUUUGGACCAGACCUUCCUGAAGGACUCGGUCCUGGAGCGCCUGCGAGACGACUCGCUGGAGGUCGUGGCGGCCGCGCUCAGGGUCCUGGAGGUGCUGUUGGACGUGUUGGACCCCGAGGACGCCGUGGCGUGUUUACUGACCCUGCUGCACCGCGUGGACCUGUCAGCAGACGAGAGCUGGCUGCCGGUGCUGAAGGAGGUGGUGCGUUUGCUGUCCGACCCGCGGCUGGGAAAGGAGGACGCCGAUCUGCUGCAGAGAACGGGCUGGAGGCUGCUGCCCUUCCUGGCGAUCACCUCCGUCUCGCAGCUCCGCCUCGCCGCCUACAUCGCCAAAUCCUCCGUAGUCGCCCAGCACCCGCUCACCCAGAACUGGGCUCAAGAGCUGGACGAGGUGAUGGAGAAGCGCUCUGAUCCCGACUUCGUAGGUCUGGCCAACGAGCGUCUCGUCUCCACGGUGACCAAGAACCUGACCAGCAUGGAGCACUUCUCCAGGCGGGACGCGCUGGAGAAGCUGUGUGUGUGUUAACAUUGUGUUGUGUUGU